GGGCUGCGGUGUGGGCUGGAGUCAUGGGGGUGCUCCCUGCCCUGACUCCAACACCCCUCCCCCCAACCACAUUCCCACCUCCACCCCUCGCACCAAACAGGAGCUGCCCCAGAUCAGUAGGCAAAGAUCAACUCCCUCCUCCCCCCAAAACGCACAGGAGAGAAGUUGGAAAUCAGCAUUAUCUGCUCUAAAAGCAACCAUGGAGGGUGCUGAAGUCAAGAUAGAAAUGAAAGGGGAAAAGAAGACACAAAACCAGACUCCAGUGAGAAAAUGUGGGAAACAAGUCUGCAAAGCCAUUUGCUAUAUCACAGGAGACAUGAAAGAGUUUGGAGACUGGCUUCAAGAUAAACCGCUCCCGUUUCAGUUUGUCGACUGGGUCCUGCGAGGGACAUCCCAGGUGAUGUUCGUCAAUAACCCUAUCAGUGGGCUUAUCAUGAUUGUUGGGUUCCUUGUCCAGAAUCGUUGGUGGACGCUCACAGGCUGUUUAGGAACUGUUGUCUCAACGUUAACAGCACUUAUUCUGAGUCAGGACAGAUCAUCCAUAGCAGCGGGACUGCAUGGCUAUAAUGGGGUCCUGGUGGGACUGCUCAUAGCUGUAUUCUCUGACAAGGGAGAUUUCUAUUGGUGGCUUCUACUGCCUGUUGCUCUUGUAUCCAUGACAUGCCCUGUUUUCUCCAGUGCUUUAGGCUCAAUCUUCAGUAAGUGGGAUAUUCCUGUUUUCACACUGCCUUUCAAUGCAGCACUGACAUUAUACUCUGCGGCCACUGGACAUUACAACCUUUUCUUCCCUACAGUCCUCAUUAAACCUAUAACAUCAGUGCCCAAUAUCACCUGGUCCAACAUUGAUGUGCCAAAGCUGCUACAAUCCAUUCCAGUCGGUGUCGGCCAGGUGUACGGCUGUGAUAACCCCUGGACUGGUGGCAUCUUCCUGAUUGCUUUAUUACUCUCCUCUCCUCUCAUUUGCUUGCAUGCUGCAAUUGGAUCAACAGUGGGGAUGCUGGCAGCACUGAGCCUAGCAGCACCUUUUAGCAAUAUCUAUGCUGGCUUAUGGAAUUACAACAGUUGCCUCGCAUGCAUCGCUAUCGGGGGCAUGUUCUAUGCUCUGACAUGGCAGACCCACCUGCUAGCAAUUGCCUGUGCAUUCUUUUGUGCUUACCUGGGAGCAACUGUGGCCAAUAUGUUUUCUGUGUUUGGAUUGCCAUCAUUUACCUGGCCUUUCUGCUUGUCUGCACUCACCUUUCUGUUACUAACCACAAACAACUCCGCCAUCUACAAGUUACCUCUCGCCAAAGCCACUUACCCAGAAGCCAACCGAGUGUAUUACCUCACAAUGAAGAAGCAGUACCGGGUUUACCAUAGCUCCAGUGGCACCAUGGCACCGGGCCCAGACUCAGAAGGGGCCCCGGCCAGCCUGAUCCCCCAGCCAGCUGAGCCGGCCAGGAAAGCUGUACCCGCCCAUGCUCCUCCCUCGCCCCACCACUUCCCACCCCUGCUCCGCCCCAGCCCCACCCACACUCCACCCCCUUCCCUGAGCUAUGCAUCAUGGGGGACUGCAGCAGGGGUCAGGCCCACCCUGCACUCACCGGGCACCGGGAAGUGGAGCGACCCAGCCCCAGGCCGCUCCACUCUGCCGGCUCCCAGCCGCGCCGCCGGUGAGUGCUGGGGGAAGGUUCCCCCCUACCCCCCAAGUCCCAAGGCUGGGAGCCAGGGGAACAGAGCGGAUCAGGCUGGGGCCGUGUCACUCCACUUCCUGACGCCCCAUGAGUGUGGGGUCGGGCCCGCCCUGCAACCGCCGGCUGGCAGGAAGUGGAGCGACCCGACCCCAACCCGCUCUGCUCCGCUGGCUCGUGCUGGGGGGCGGUUUCUCCCCUGCCCCCCAAGCCUGGGGAGGAGAUGGAGCAGUGGGGAAGGGGCAUGGGAUGGGGAAGAGAAGGGGAUA